ACAUAUCCACAUCACUACAUCCAAUCGCAACCCUCCAGCCGGCAUUCCAGGCGUGUAUCGCGUGACAACCGUACAGCAACAGGAUCUCUCACCAGACAAGCAUGGCAGGACUCGUCAAGGGCAAAGACUACGACUGGAAGGACAGCAACUUGUCACUCUUUGGCUCCGACCUCGAACGCAACGUCAAGAAGGCAUCGGCCGAGACGGAAGAAGCGUGGCAAGGCGCCGGCUCGAAUGUGGGAAUACAAGUCUGGCGUAUCGUCAAGUUCAAGGUGACGCAUUGGCCAAAAGAGGAUUAUGGGAAGUUCUUUAGCGGGGAUUCCUAUAUCAUUCUGAAUACGUACAAGACGCCGCCGAGUGAUGAGCUGCUUCAUGAUGUUCACUUUUGGAUUGGAAGUAAGUCGACUCAGGACGAGUAUGGAACUGCUGCGUACAAGACCGUAGAGUUGGACACGUUUCUGGAUGACAAACCGGUACAACAUCGUGAGGUUAUGAACAAUGAGUCGGAUUUGUUUAAGACUUAUUUCAAGAUGAUCACCCUAAUGGAGGGCGGUGCUGAUUCCGGAUUCAGGCAUGUAAAGCCAACAGAAUACACCCCCCACUUGCUUCAUUUCCAGGGCCACAAGAAAAACGUUAAAGCCACAGACGUCCCCUUGUUUAGAGAGAGCCUGAACUCGGGUGAUGUUUUCAUUCUAGAUCUUGGUCUAGACAUAUAUCAGUGGAAUGGUAGCAGCUGCAACAAGGAUGAGAGAUUUAAGGCCUUGCAAUAUCUUCAACAGUUGAAGAGUGACAGGGGUGGCAAACCAAAAGUCGAGACUCUAAACGAGGCAGACAUCUCCUCAAGCCACAAGUUCUACACACACCUUCCAGAAGGAGGUGAUGCUCUGGACAAGAAGGAUGACAGUGCGGUCGCUGCAGCAGAGAAAGUGUUGCUCAGGCUGAGUGAUGAAAGUGGUGAGCUGGUAACGACUGAGGUCGCCAGGGGCGGUGAUGUGAAGAGAGCUCUACUUGAUCCGAACGACGUGUUUAUCUUUGAUACCGGGACUCACUGCUUUGUGUGGGUCGGCAAGGGUGCCAGUUCCCAAGAACGAAGAAAGGGCAUGCAAUAUGCUCAUAACUACCUGAUGAAAACCGACCAUCCAUUGAUUCCCGUGUCUAUUGUUGGACAAAGCAAAGAGACUGCAAGCUUUAACAGUGCUUUCUGAAGCAAGAGAUCAUGUUUAAUGUGGACAUUGGAUGACAUUUUUUGGUUGCUUAUCAUUGAUUAGUGCAACUGCUGUUUGCAUCUUGUAGAGUCGGAUGGCACACACAAGCCACAAAUGGAAUAGUGAUAUACGUGAUGUAUUUGAAUGUUGAAGGUUUUUGUGUCUA